UCUCAUCAACACAAGGAUAAUGAGCUAAUGUAUAGAUACUGAUACAGGGUGGGGUUUAAGCAUACAAAUGCAUAAGUCAGAUGAUUUUGUCUGCGAUAAAUUGAUUGUUGUCUAUUUCUUGUUUUGUCAAAUUUCUUGUUUUGAGUGACGGGUUUCGCACAUGCGCGCGAUGCUAGCUACAGACAGCUCUUUGAAAUCGUAUGCACGGACUGUUUGAUCCAGUAGCAAGGGUGUAUUGUUGUCGUGGACUGUGUGACAAGUUUAUGUUCUACAGAAAUGGCCGGAAUUAAAGCUCUGAUCAGCCUGUCCUUUGGUGGGGCCAUUGGACUCAUGUUCCUGAUGCUAGGAUGUGCCCUUCCAGUGUAUGAUAAAUACUGGCCCUUGUUCCUCCUCUUCUUCUACAUCCUCGCCCCAAUCCCUUACAGCAUCUCCCGGAGAAUUGUUGACGACACAGAUUCGGCAAGCAACGCCUGCAAAGAGCUGGCUUUAUUUCUCACAACAGGCAUAGUGGUUUCAGCUUUCGGCCUGCCAAUCAUUUUCGCCAGAGCUGAUGUCAUUGCCUGGGGAGCAUGUGCGCUUGUGUUAACAGGCAAUGUAGUGAUCUUCGCAACCAUUCUGGGAUUCUUCUUGGUCUUCGGAUCAAACGACGACUUUAGUUGGCAGCAGUGGUAAAAUUGGGGGUGUGGGACUAAGUCUGAACUGUUUAUAUUACUAGAAUUGUUAUUAUUGUCAUUAUGAUUACUAUUAUUGUUGUUUGUUGUAUAUUUAUGACCGCCCAUCCAUAGACACAUUAAACCAGUGCAAUAAUUUGAUUUAACUGUCAUGCGAAACGUCAGACUGACUUCAGGUGGUUGUGGUGACUUUUUGAUUUGUACUUUUUAUUUGCUCCAUGUUUGAGUCUUCUCCAUUCAUGUACUGUACAGACUUAUCUUUUGAGAGUCAAAAUCUUUCUAAUGUUGAAAUCAUAAUUGUCCAUCUUAUCUGUGAAAAUGCAAAAAUGUCAAACUUAAUGUAAACCUGGACUCAGAUUGACCUAUGUGAGGGAUUGUGAUUGUCUGAAAGGUGGAAGCUUUUCCUGUGAAAAAGAUAUCUAACUGACAAAUGUUGUUACUCCUUUGGGAUUGACUGUGUACAAUAGCAUGCUGGUCAGUUUUGACGUAAGUUGCUCCCUCCAAGGGCUGACAGCACAGGAUAUUUUGUAUGGAGUAUGUGUUGUUUUUGAAGAGCAUAUUGAAGCUGUGAGCUUUAGUCUCUCAGAUUGAAACCGUUCAAUACUAACGUACAUACAGCGUAUAUUGAUAUAAUACAUUAUACAAUGCACUGUCGCCCAUUUCAGUGAUCAAUUCUAAUGACUUAGCUAUUCAAAUAAGUUAAUUUGAUACUGGCCUCUUGUGCUUUGUUGUUUAGCCUAGUGUAGCAUAUUCUGUCCCUUUUGAAAAAUGUCUAGAAAUCAUUGUAACCCAGUGUCGUCUUUUCUCUCUAAAACAAAGUCAGCAUUGAUUUGUUCGAGCAAGGUUUAGAAAUCAUCAAAAUCCUUCGUUAGACAGCUCAGGAUUAGGGCUAGCCGGUGGAAACAUGGCCAAUUUAAGAUCUAGGCUACUUAUAACCAUGGGUAAUACUGCUAGGCCUGGAUUUACCAGGUAUUCUAUUGGUUUCUAUACCUGGAGCUGGAAACAAAGGCUGCACUGUAAUUAUGUUUCAAAGAUAAAUGUGGAUGAACCCCAGUGUUUACCAAGUCACAUCCUAUUUUGGCCUAUAUUUUGUACAGCUGCACUAAAAUGUACACGCGUCCUCUUGUUGAAGGAAAUGAGCUCGCCGUAUAGGCCAAAACGAGUUUUUAAUGUGGUUUUUGUAUGCUGCAUUGGGUGUGCUGAUACAUUCUCUCAGUGUAGUUUGUCAUUAGUUAAAGGUCUCAGUGAACAGUGCUGCAGCUUUGGAGUUUGUUACAUUUAACUGAAUUAGUCAUAGCUAACCAAGGUAUUAAGCAGCUGUCACCCCAUGUGCACUGGUUUGUUCAUCUGGGUGGAAGGAUUGAGUGUUUAUGAUCUCUUUCUUUUCUUUUUAUUUUGCGGGAGAAACAGUUAUCUUUGUGAAAAGUGGUCUCUGGAAGAGACAAAUAUUCCAGAAAUAACCGGAAGCGCUUAUGAAUCGGUUAUCUCUUUGUGUCACUCAGUUUGUCAGUAAGUUUGUCACAUUCUUAUUUCCAGUCUUCCAGAGACCACAACCUCAGUGAAGAUAGUGAUUGUAUUAAUUGUAUCAUAAUGAAAACUCUUUUGCACCUUUGUGUUUAGCUGAACUUUUAAAUAAUAUUUAUUACCUUAAUUAACAAAGGUAAUGUCACAGCAAAUGGUGUUUUUGUUAUCCUUUUAGUAAGUCAAAUUGAAACUGGAACUUUUAUUACAUCAAAUAUACAGUACAAGUCAAGUUUGGACACACUUACUCAUUCCAAGGUUUUUCUUUAUUUUUACUAUUUUCUACAUUGUAGAAUAAUAGUGAAGACAUCAACACUAUGAAAUAACACAUAUGGAAUCAUGUAGUAACCAAAAAAGUGUUAAACAAAUAAAUAUAUUUGAGAGAUUCUUCAAGGUAGCCACCCUUUGCCUUGAUGACAGCUUUGCAAGCUCUUGGCAGUGUGCAAACCUGUCAUCAAGGGAAAGGGUGGCUACUUUGAAGAAUCUCAAAUAUAAAAUAUAUUUGUUUUUUUAAACACUUUUUUUGUUACUACAUGAUUCUAUAUAUGUUAUUUCAUAGUUUUGAUGUCUUCACUAUUAUUUCUACAGUGUAGAAAAUAGUAAAAAAUUAAGAAAAACCCUUGAAUGAGUAGGUGUCUCCAAACCUUUGACUGAUACUGUAUGUUUAUGCCUACAGCAAUGCACUGAUGGUAUAUCUACAGUUUUUGGACAUCUAAGGUAUUCCAUACUGUUUUAAACCACAAAAUGAUUGUUAUAGACCGAGUACUGCAUAGUGAAAGUUUGAGAAAUGUCCAACAAAUUCCAAUAUAAUUCAAACAAACGAACUGCUGAAUCAGGUCAUUCUAAUCAUGGGAUGGGUUUGUCACUGAUCUCUUUUAUGAAAGAUGUGUUGUUUCACAGACCUGAAAUAUUUUAUUUAUUCGUUUUAGCAGACACUGUGUAGAUGUCCAAUUGCCAUUUUCUAUCUACGAGUUUUGUGUUCGGAGGCAGAAGUCAGCAUGGUGGUUUUCUUUUCUAAAUAAAUGCCAUUUUUGAA